GAGAAAGAGAGAAAGAGAGACAGAGAGAAAGAGGGAGAGAGCAAAAGAUAGACUGGGGGUUCUGACGAGAGAGAGAGAAAGAGAGAGGGGGGUUUAAAACGUCAUUCCGUGUGGGAGCCCUGAUAUGUGCGACACUCGAGGAGUUUGCGCUCCGGUCAGGCUCGCGCACUGGGAUCCUAACCGUCACCAGCACAUAAAAGCGCGGAUAACGGAGAUGAUUCCCCUCACACAGCAACACGACACGGAGCAAAGUGUGCGCAGAUGGCAGCGAAGAAGUGUCCUGACAGUUUCCACACACCUCUGGAUGUGACGCGCUCCAAGUAGCGGAGUUUACCGUGACAGACCGCAGGUGGGAUUCCCAUAAGAGGAGAGCUCGGGUUUGACUUUUUGUUGGACAUGGGACCGGGUCUCUGCUGCUUUGGAUACGGUACCGGAGGAACCGCGUCUUCUUGAACGGAGAGCUGUCGACAGUAGGACACCGACGAGAUGCGCUCCGACCACGGCUUCAUCCUGCUGCUCCUCAACGGGACAGCCUGCUUGCUGGCUCUAGGACAGGAAGAUACCCACUCGUCAUCUUCCAUCCCCUCGUCUACGUCUAAGUCCUCCUCCUCAGCAGACUCUUCCAAAACUCUGGGGGUUCUGGGAUCUCAGGGUUCGAUUUCACCCUUGAGUCGCUGGGUGAUGCACAGUCGCGGCCGUGCCGCCAACACUUCCACCAUGGAACUGCCCUAUCGUUCGCCAGUGCCCUUUUCCAAACAAGAAUUUUGGGAGAUGCUGGGCAGCGAUCUUUUCAAAUCAGACACGGACACAUCGGGGACCUCACGUGUCAAGCGCCGCCCACCAAUCGUCAAAACUGGCAAAUUUAAGAAGAUGUUCGGCUGGGGCGACUUCUACUCCAACAUCAAGACGGUGCGCCUCAACCUGCUCAUCACGGGUAAGAUCGUGGACCACGGGAAUGGAACUUUCAGCGUCUACUUCCGUCACAAUUCCACCGGCCAGGGGAACAUCUCAGUGAGCCUGGUACCUCCAGUGAAGGCAGUGGAGUUCGACUUGGAGCGCCAGAGCGUGGUGUACCCUAAAGACUCGAAGAUCUUCAACUGUCGUGUAGACUAUGAGAAGGUGGACCGCAGCAAACGCACCUCGCUCUGCAACUAUGACCCCUCCAAGACCUGCUUCCAGGAGCAGACACAAAGCCACGUGUCCUGGAUCUGCUCCAAACCCUUUAAGGUCAUUUGCAUCUACAUUUCCUUCUACAGCACAGACUACCGACUGGUGCAGAAGGUCUGUCCAGACUAUAACUACCACAAUGAGAUGCCCUACCUACCCUCAGGCUAGAGCUUCGUGGAGCAAUUGUCUGGGGCAAGGAGGGCUGGUUGGGGGGAAGGAGUUGGUAUACAAAGGAACAAUUCUGUUAAGGAUGUGAAGAUGAAUGUGCAAUGCUAAUAUGGGAGGGUUUUUUUUAUUUAUCUAAAGACUCUUCAGAAACUUAUCACUGAGCUGAUAUGGAACAACCCCUCAUGAUUUGAACAUCACAGGUGAUUCUCUAAAAGGUGAAUGUACAGUAUUCGAUGUGCUGCAGUUGAUGUCUUGAAGAACCUCUUAAGCAACCUGGCAAAUAUGACCUGCAAAAACACAUAUAUGCAAAACCAAAUGGUCAGGCCCAGGUGCUCAGGGUGGAAGUGUCUGCUACAUCAGUCCGAGUCCCUGAUUGGUUACG